ACUGCUGACGUCAGUCCCGGGCGCGGGCCGCCGCGGGGUGGUUUGAUCGUGAAGUCCCGUCCUGGUUGCUUUUGGCGCGCCAUGGAGAGUGACUUUUAUCUUCGUUACUACGUAGGCCACAAAGGCAAAUUCGGUCAUGAGUUCCUGGAGUUUGAGUUCCGGCCCGACGGGAAAUUGAGAUAUGCCAACAACAGCAAUUACAAAAAUGAUGUCAUGAUCAGAAAAGAGGCUUAUGUACAUAAAAGUGUGAUGGAGGAACUGAAGAGAAUAAUUGAUGACAGUGAAAUUACCAAAGAGGAUGAUGCUUUAUGGCCUCCCCCUGACCGUGUAGGCCGGCAAGAGCUUGAAAUCGUCAUUGGAGAUGAACACAUUUCUUUCACAACAUCAAAAAUUGGUUCUCUUAUUGAUGUCAAUCAAUCCAAAGAUCCAGAAGGCUUACGAGUAUUUUAUUAUCUUGUUCAGGACCUGAAAUGUUUGGUCUUCAGUCUUAUUGGAUUACAUUUCAAGAUUAAACCAAUCUAGAUUGAAUAUUGGUGUGGACCCAGCGGGGGGAGGGGUAGUUCUUUUUAAUUACCAUUAUCAGGAAAUUUUGUGUAUAUUGGACAAAUUUUUUAUAGACUAUAAAUGAUUGUCUUUAAUAAAUACGUGAUGAAAUUAAA